UGUAUGUUUUUCAUUAGUGCCGCUGUAAAUCUAUUACUCAGGUGUCCUUAUGGUCCUACUUGUUUACCGUAUAUAACAAUUAUAUUAUUAUGACCUUAAGGAAGCAACAUUGAUUGCCCCGUCAAUUGUUAUAAAAUACACGUCGCCAUACGUUGUCCUCUCGUGCAAUAUUAUUAAUGGGUAAACGCCGAGAAAUCCCCCGGAACAAGGCACGACCUUAUCGGUCGGGUAGCCUUGGUCCUGCUCUUCCGUCCACGCAGCUGAAUGCUCGUCGCUUAAGCAACGACUAUGCAUCAUGGUUUCAGAUGAAAUUUGUGCCGUUUCCCAGUUUUGCCACUAACGUUAUCCAUACCGGAAAUGAGCCAGACCAAUGGGGUACAGAAGAUCUUGCUCCGCAUAUCGCGUGUUCGACAGCAUUCCGACAGAGUGAGCCUGGAGUUUUCAAAAAAUUUGAUUACUCACGUUGUGGCAACCCUACGCGCGAUGCACUGGAACGUUCCCUCGCCGCCGCAGAAGAUGCUCAGUAUGCGGUGACCUUUAGUAGUGGAACCGCUGCUCUGGCGAGCAUCGUCCAUUUGCUUAAGAGUGGUGAUGAAAUCAUAGCCGGCAUUGAUCUGUAUGGCGGAACUUCCACAUACUUUGAUUCAGUUGCAGCGGGAAAUGGCGUCAAAACGAAAUAUGUUGACAUGCUGGACCUGCAUGAAGUGACCAGUGCUCUGACCUUAAAAACCAAACUGAUAUGGAUCGAGUCGCCAUCAAACCCUGUCAUGCGCAUUGUCGAUGUGCAGGAAUUAGUAAAAUUGGUUAAGAAAUUCAAUAAGGAUAUCAUCAUUGCCGCUGAUAAUACAUUUACCACGCCGUAUUUUUUGCGCCCUUUGGAUUUGGGCGUGGACAUUUCUCAUCAGUCCUGUACUAAGUAUUUGUGCGGACACACGGAUGUGGUGAUGGGCGCUGUGGCAGUUAAUGAUGAGAAAUUGUAUGAUCGAUUACGAUUUUUCCAAAUCAAUCUCGGAGCAAUACCAUCGCCGUUUGAUUGCUUCCUCGCGAUUCGUAGUCUGAAAACUUUACCGGUGCGUAUGCGGGAGCAUAUGCGAAGUGGGUUAAUCAUUGCCAAUUUCCUAGACUUGCAUCCAUGUGUAGAAAAGGUCAACCAUCCUGGAUUGCGAUCACAUCCUCAAUAUGAUUUAUUCAGAGAACAGAGUCGAGGCUACAGCAGUGUAUUAUCUUUUUACGUCAAAGGAAAUAAAGCGGAUUUAUGGAAAUUUUUCAAGUGUCUAAAGGUAUUCACGUUAGCUGCCAGUUUAGGUGGGUGUGAAUCGAUUGUCAGUUUUCCCGCCGUAAUGACUCACGAUGGAAUUGAUCCAGAAAUCCUAGCAAAAGCUGGUAUAACCCAGAAUUUAGCGCGUUUGUCCGUUGGACUAGAAGACGUGGAAGAUUUAAUUGCUGAUUUGGACCAAGCACUAUGGGCGUCGUGCGGGGAAAAUAUAAUGAAGAACGGGAAAGAAAAUGGAAUGAAUUGUCACCAUGAUGAUGAUGAUGAUGAUGAUGAGUCGGACUAAUAUUUUGGCAUAAUCCAUGUGAAAUGCUGAUUCUGGUAUAAAACGUACAUAUUAUAUAUGGUUAUAUAUUGUAUACUCUUCUUUAAAUUGGUAAAAAACAGCAUAUAAGGGUCAGCUUCUUGUGAAAUCAAAAUUUCACACUGCAGCAGUAUAAAGCUUUAUUAACAAUAACGUGAAUGUGUGGUCGGAUAUUAUGUAUAUAUAAGUUUUAUUACUCGACUCUGUAAAUUAACUGCAGUCCAUACGACUUUACAUGUCGUUAAUGGCGUUAGCCCGACGUAAAGGUCACUUACGCUGAAAAGUAUAAUAAUUGUAUAAUUACGCAUGACCACGCUUACUGUAACGCAAAGCCAUCUUCAGUUUUUUUAGAUAA